AUGAAUCCAGCUGCACAGUAUAUCAUCACCCAUAGCUCCUGGCGCAGCCACUACGAUGUCAGCACAAAAGACAAAACACACCUCUACCGCGUCGCCAGCUCCUCCUUCACACCAGGAAAGCCGGAUCUUACUUUCCACCGCAGCGCUGACUCCAAUGGGCCCAUUGCGGGAGUGUGUAAGUUCCGACACUUCUCCUCAGACUGCGAGAUCGGUCUAGGGGACCCCCAACGGCCCAACAAAAUGGACUGGCAAUACCUACACAAGGAAGGCUUUAUGAAGCGCACACACUGGUUCUGCAUGCAGCUGGAGGAUGGCACAAAGCAAACUUUCACCUGGAAACGAACCCACUCGCUUGGCACCGGCUCGGAAAACUAUAAACUAGUCGAGGAGGCCAGGCAGACCGUGGUGGCGGUCUUUUCUUCCGGCGGCACCUUUUCCAAAACCACCGGCUACUUGGAUAUCUACUUGCAUCUAGGGCCGCAGUUUUACCUCAUGGCGCUUAUCUCGCGACUUGCCAUUGUCGAGAGGGACAGUCGACAGAGGUCGGCGGGGGCGGGCGGCGCUGCAGGUGGGGGAGCGUGUUAG